ACAGGCAUAUCUAUGACCGUCAUCCAUAUCAAGAUAUCCAGAUCCAGAAUGAUUAAAAUUAUUAUGAAAUUAAAGUUCAUGUUAAAACCUAUGUUAAUCUUAUAUUAUGUAUCUUGAUUUUUAUAAUAAACCACUUAAGAUCUUUCGUUGAGAAGUAUGCAAGCAAUUACGUGCUUCGAGGUUAGGUAUUAUUUUCUUUGGAAUGAGUUUUAAUUUUAUUAUUUUUUCAUGCUGAUAGCAGCGUCCAAAUAAUAUAGAUUCAAGUGAAAUGUUUAUGAUUUGGCUUGGGAUAUUACUCGAAGCUUUGGAGAGUCGGGGCUUUUCGUAUACCAAUACCAAAGACCUAAAUUCUCGUCAUUCAUGAUAACGAUUGGGGAGUGGAAUAGUUAAUAUUAGUAUGCAAGCAAGGAAUGUGGUAGGUAUAGAUCAGAGGAGGGUAAGAGGAAAGAGGGGUGACUACUUGCCACUAUAGUUGUGCCAAACAGCAGCAGGAUUGAAACUUAGUAUUUAUACUUCAUUUACCCUGCUUAAAUAACUGGUAAUUGGUAGGGCACACUGUCUGUGAUCACAAACAACUCGCGCUCACACUCUGAGGGUUUUGGGCUUGAACAUUUACACCCAGUUAUGACUUGAAUUUGUGAGCUCACCUUUCCAAACCAAAGGAUUGGUCAAUUUUCUUGAGUAUGUACUCUUCUGAAAGAAUGGAAAUAAAUUCUGAAAUGCCUUAUUUCUAUAGGUACAUAUUUUUCUUCAACAGAAAUUCAUUUUCUCCAUCGAAUAGGAAGCUUUUUGAUCCCUUAAUGAAGAAAAUAAGAUGUACUGUUCAACUGCAACGUUGUCUUCAAAUCUUUCCCCUCAUAAUGCCUCCUUCAGCAGACCUUCCACAAGCUAACACACUGUCUGGAUAUUGUUUUCAUUGAAGCUGGUCGCCGGACGCUGUUUAUGGCUUUGAUAUUCCACUUUAUCACAACCAUUUCAAAACAUCUGGGCCCAAUAAAACAAUUGGGUUUUGCUCAUAGCACCACCUGACUGUGCUUGGAGUCUUCAAAAUUUCACUCUAUUUCACAUCUUCGUUGACGACAAAACAAAAAAUAACGCGUUUGCACAAUUGACGCUGGUACUAUCAUAGCAAUACUGCCAUGAUGGACAUAAGCCUAUCCCCUCUCCAUUAUUCCGCAACCGAUUUCCCACUCACUGCACUACUAGAGUCAAAUGACCCAAAUUCUGGUUUAUAUUUGAAUGACCCUCGUUCCUUGAGAAUGAGAACCUGCAAGUUACAAAAUUUUAAUGCUACUGUAGCAGCAAAGUUUUUAAACACUUUGCCUCUUACCGCUGCCAUCUGGGGUUGAUUGCCAGCAGGUUCAGUUCUAUAAGGGGAAUGUGUCAUGCCAAUCAGCAAUGUGCGCAGGUCACGGGGCCUCGAGAAGCUGGGAGCGUCGGGCUGCGACAGAUGCGACAGAGGCGCCAGCGGGACUGAUCCUGGAGCACACAGAGGUCAGCCGCGACCACCUGACUCCGGAGAUAGCCUUGCGCCUGAUCACGCCGUCCUGCCGGCUGUGGACCGCUCCCACCAGCAUCACACCCUUCCCGGACCACUUCUGGUCUUUCUACUGGCCCGGCGGCCAGCAUUGCUGCCAGUUGCACGGAACAAUUCCAAACCCUGCCAUGGUUUCAAUUUUGUCACUGAGCGGGUACUUAGUUGUUGGAGGUCUCUUAUCUUAAAAGUCAAUCACUGCCUGCGAAUGCUGUCAUAGUUGUGUACUCCAUGCCAGUGACGGCCUACUCCACGCUUCUUGAGGGCCUGAUAUCAUUUUGGUAACUUAGUCUGAGGGUUGGACAAUGUGAAUUAAUAUUAAAUUUCUUUCAACAUAGUUUUAAUGUCAUGUUAUUCUGUAAAAUGGACAAUAAAUACAGUUGGUGGAGAAUCAUGUAAAACAAACAAAAACAAAAAUAUAUAUAUACAUAUAUUAUUUUAACAUUAGUAUUAAAAAAAUUUAAGACUUAAGUUUUGAAUCCAAGAAGUAGUGCCAUAUAUUGAUGAUUAUGGUUAAUAACAGUCUGCUGACAACUUAUUCUAUGUAUGCAAACAAAAUGUCUAGUACACGAUAGUAGCAUGUAUAAUAAUAUUUCUUUCAGAAGGGUCGUAUGAAGCCAAUGUCAUGGGCUGGAUUUGACCCGUGGGACAUAAUUUAUUGGACCAUCCAAGGGUUUCCCCCCCAACCAGCGCUCUUAGCCGUCAGGCCCUGCCGCCCUGGGUCCCUCCUGGGGCGUGGGUACGGACACGGCGUAGACGCGAAUCAGGGAAGCUGUUAAGAGAGUUGGCUAUGACUAGAGGCUGAGGCUACCCAUUAUCACCACCUCGGCCCCCUAGCUCGCUCAGCUGACCAGACAGUUGGCUGUGACCUUAGCCCUUAUAGCCCGAUCCACCACUUCAUUCUGGGACCCCUGGUCCGGUGUGCAGGCCUGACACCCCCUCCUAGCUCCCCAGGCUAGUACCGGAGCUGUGUCAGCUCUUCACAGGACUAGGCGACCCUCCGAGCCUGCUCCAGGCGACGGGAGCUCCGCUGUCAAGUGCGAGUCCUCAGACUAGGCCAUGGUCGAAGCCUCCCUCUGCCGCAGAUACGUGCUGGCCCACCCGGGCGUGGUGCGGGGUGCCAGGGUCCUGGAUGUGGGCAGCAGAGUGGGGCGUGUGCCAUCGCGGCCGUGCUGUCUGGAGCGAGCCGUGCCACCGCCAACGACAUCGACCCAGUGGCUGCUGAACGCCCGCCUCGACGUGGUGACGGCGGACCUGGUGGGCGGUGACCUCGGCGCGGGGGCUCGGGACUGCGUGCUCUACGACGAGGAGUCUGCCCGCGCGCCGCUGGUGGGGGACCCCGGGCCACUUCGCCCCCCUCGCGGAGUACGCCCUCCCGGAGGACGUGCGCUGAGAAAACAACGGCUUCCUGAGCGCGCGUGUCUGGCAGCUCGGCGUCUGACCGGUCAGCACCUCCGAAUAUCUUUGAAUGUCUCGUUUCAGGCAGGCUCAUUUCAAGGGAGCAGUCAGUCUUGUGCGAGGAACGUACCUGCCCAGCCUCAGGAAUGCGAAAGUUGCAUGCACCAAGUGCCUCGUUGGCUAUGGUCAAGAUUAUAUUAUGGGAAGAUGCAAAAAGACCAAAAUUAAACAACGAAAAAGCAUGUAAUAUACUGUACAACUCCAAAAUGCAUAAUAAAUCAUGAAAUUAGGCAUAA